CCUCUUUGUUAUAAUAAACGAACACAGACCGACCUGGAACGCUUUCUAUACAUUUACUGGGUUUCACUCCAGCUAGCUCUCUUGGGUAUCAGCGAAAAAGAACGAUUAAAAAAUGCGAUAGAAAUUGACAUCCGCAAUUAGCUCUAAUGAAUCGGCGUGAUUUCACCGUAUAAGGUAGAAAUGCACAUACAAUAGCGGCCGUGUGUAUCGGCGAAUUAUCGAUAUCAUCAGUGUCACCACACACAGUUCGAUGAAGAGGAAUUCUCGGGGGAAGUGUGAUUAUACAGGUACAUUCAUUCAGGUCUAACAUCAACUGCGAGGGUUAAGAAGAUUACCUGUAAUUAACAGGUAAAAUCUCACGUGAGCAGGUACACAUCGUUGAGAACUACAGUAUCGUUCUAUUCUACAUCCAUCCUGAUCAACCCUCAGAUCAGCACCCAGAUUCCAAGCCCCCUGCGCUCAUGGCAAUCAACAAUUGAUUUUUCCAAGAGAUUUUCAAUUAUUUAUAUUGUGUAUUACUUGAAAAGAAUUUUGCUUUAAAGGCCUUAAUCGUUUUUUUUUUUUACAUGGAUGGUCCUCAUCCGCUUAAUCUAAAAACUGUUCUCGGCGCAUGCACUUGCAUCGGUGCGGACUUUAACUGGAUAGCAGGGUAAACUUUAAAAGAUGAUUGCGUUUGAUUUCAGUGAUUUUCAUUACUCGAAGGUUAUGUCAAUGGAUUAAACCAAAGAGUGAAUGGUAUGUUUUCCCCAAGUACCGAGAUCCCGAGUUCCAUUAGAGAUGGUUCCUGGGCCUCACCCCCCGCCACCCGUCUCCCGCCCACGCGAUCCGAGUACCAAGGAAAACUAGAGAGGAAUUACCCCCCGAAGUAUCCGCGAAUUGUUUUAAAGGAUAGUUUGGGAAAUAAGUUAGAUACUUUUACAUACUUACAAGAAGCGAUUUACAGAGCGGAGUGGAAUGUGAAAAAUUCACACGAAGCGGUUCUACCAGAGGAAUGGCGCCUCCCCAAGGCCCCGAACCCCGCGCGCCCGGACUACUCCCGGACGGCUCCGGUACUGGCCAACAUACGUAGCAGACUGAAAACGAGGCGGGACCGAGAGCAGGGUGUGUCAAGAAGUCAACCUCAGCCUCGUCUUAAUGAGAUUGACGUUGGGGAUGUGGCCUUUGUUGCAGAGAGCUUGAACCAGCUCCCCAAAGUCCCAUCUCUCUCCUUCCUUCAUCAUGACCUGCUGGCGGAACCAAAGCACUACUUCCAGAUCGUUCAUCAGGCGAUGGUCCAGCGACGCUACUACGCACAGACAGACAAACGGGAGAGGGUGUACAACUUCCCGGGCUUCUGUACUGGUUGUAGAAAGUCAGGCCUAUGCUAUGGAUGUGAACGCAGCUCUGAACCACACUACCAUGUGGAUCGGAUCAUGAGGACCGGUGGAGGCUUCACAUACCAUCGACACGACCAUCCUAUCCAAGAGCAUGUCCAGAAAAAUCCGUCCAACUGGAAAUUGACAUUUCCUGAACUGUCGUUGAAGCAUCUGAUGAAAGAGCAAGAAUCUGCUUCAGAGAGUUUAGCUGAAGAAGAUGAGUUUGCUGAGAAACAAGAAGAAAUAAAAAUACCUAAUCAUUCAGCACAAAAAGCCUCUAAUGACACAGGUUACCCGGUCAGUGAGGAGCAGGGGAUGGAGGAAGAGAGUGUAGGGACCCAGGAGGAGAUAGUGAAGCACUGGGCCAUGAUGAGGGAGACGCCAUUGUCUGCGGAGAGUGAUGUCCGAAGGGGUAAAGGAGCAGACAAAAAUCAGAAUCAGAGCAGAAUAAAGCAGGAGAAUAUGGAUGCUAUAUCUCCAUGGAAAGACACCAAAACUGAGAGCAAAGACACGAUUGAUGAGAGUCUGUUCCGAGGGGAGAGCCACACAUCCAUGGGGUCACAAGAAAUCACCAUCCCCAUUGACAACCCGGAGGAUCCAAAUUACAAUGCUACUGACAAGGACAGUGGUCAGCAGUCUGAUGUUCCACUUCAAAAUCAGAUUUUGGAAAAUGCUGUAGAACAAGAGGACAAAAGUGAGAGUUCAGAGAAGAGUGAGCAUCAUUUGAUAGAUCCUGUAGAUGUUCAGAACCAGACAGAUAACGAUGCAGAUAGUGAAGGAGAAGAGGACGAAGAUGAUCAAAAGAAAAAGAAUUCCUAUAACAGUUCCAGUAAAACAAGAGAAAAAUCCCACUCUAGUGGAUUCACUGGAAUGACUGGGGGUCAGAAGACCAAAACAGCGGGGGCCACACCCAACUCCAUGGGGGACUCCUCUAGUGACCUCAGAGGAAGGCGGGAAGAUAGAAGUGAGGGGAGUGGGAGCAGUCCAUACAGUCCCUAUAGCAACAAGAGAAGGCAACCCCUGUAUAAAGACAACCAUUCAUCAAAUAGAAGCCCAACUCCACCUGCUUUCAAGGUAAAACAUCGUAAAAAUCGAGCCACAGAGUCACGAUCUCCAUUCAGCACAGAUCGCAAGUAUGAUCUUCCCACAGGAAGUGGCUUCCAUGUAAAAAAGAGUGAGAAGAAAUUGACAGAGUUUAAAGAAUUCAAGCAUCAUGAAGGGGAAUGGAAGGAACCAGAAAAAUUUACUGUCAAGAAAGCUGAAAAAUCAACAACCAAUUUUUGGAGUGCCCCGAAGAAAAAGGAGCCUAAGAAGAAAGAAAGAGUGAAGAGAGAACAAAGGCCUAUAUCCCCUGACUCUGGGCUAGAAAGUGAGAAACCAACAGGUUUGAGGAGGGAAAACCAGCCAUGUUUUUUACCUCUUAUUGAACACAAACUGGAACUCUCUGAGCCAGUUCUUGGUGGAAAGUUAGUAAACUCUUUGCCUGGUUCAAGCCAACUUGUACUACCGCCGGUAUCAUCUGACAAAGGAAGGGGUGUUGCAAUGCAGUCAAGAAAUAACAAAAGACAAAUGAUUAAAGAUGGCAGUUUUGAUUCAACCAUAAAUGGCCACCAGAAGGAUGUAUUGAGCUCUGGUGCUAGUUCUGGUUUUGGUAUGAAAGCAUCAGUUCAAAAAGAUGACAGUCCGGUUAAAAGUCUGAAUCAAAUGAGGAAGCCCAUGAUGAGAGAGGAAGCCUUACCAUGUAUGGAAGAGGAAAAACCAUUGGAACAGAACUUUGAAUUCCAGGAGGAGAAUGAUGAUAUUUUUAUGGGAAAUGAACAGAAUGAUAGCUCUCUAAACAAACCCACUGUUGAUACACCACCUGAGGAGCAGAUGGCAGUAAAUGAUGAAAAUGUAUCAAUUGCCUUAAAAGGACCUGACACUGAGUUUGACAGAAAAGACAUUAUGAGUUCAAUUGAUGAAGAACACAGUCUGAAUAAUGUAGAAAUAGAGCACGGUAUGAAUCAAGAUCCAUCAGUGGCUCUUCCACAUGAGAUUUCCAAUGAUGACGACUCAAAGGUUUCUGGCACCACUAGCUCAAAAAUGAAUACAUCAGCAAGAUUUCCGAAGUCUGAAAAUGAAAAGCGGACUGAAGUAAAGACGAUAAGUAAUAAUGAAGCAGGCUCUAAACAAAGAGAACCAAAGAAGAUGAGACAGAAUCUAGCAGGAAAAGAUGUCAAAAAGAAAUUCGAAAGACGACUCAAGAUUAUCCAUGGCCGAAGACGGAAGGAGAGACUUAAUGAGGAGGAUGGAAAAGCAUGGCUACAGCUCCAUGACAACAUCUCACUAGAGGCCUCCAGUAUGACAGAGAGCCUGUCCACCAGCGGUGACCUCUGGCUCAAUGACACAGAGAUUCAGAGCAAUUUAUCCUUAUCAGAGUCUGAUCUUAAAUUGAACCCUACCAAUCAACAUAAGAAUGGUACCUGCUCACAGCAUUACCCCCAGGGUAUUUCCUCUGUGACCGCUGUAGCUGACCCAAUAAUCCCCACAGAUUCCGUACAAGAACUCCCACUGAAGUCCCCAGCCUUCAUAGAAGCAGAACGAGUUCAUUCCCCACCAUUGCAGAAAAUUUCAUCACCAGUUGACGAAGGCAUUUCGCCUUCAUUAGCCACACCCAUUGUAGAACUGCCCAAGAAAGAGCGACCCAAGAAAACCAAGAAAGAGGCACCCCCAAAGAAACCGCCUUCUCCUAUCAGGAGCAUCACUCCACCGUCUCCAUCCCCUGUUGUUGAAGAAGUACAAGUCAACACUCAGUCUCGAGACCCCACCCCCGAGUAUGUGCCGACUCCUACCCCUAAAAUACCAGACCUACCCCCGGUCAACAUUCCAGCACUGCCGGAGAUCAUUGAGGAGAAAAAGGAGAAAAAACCAAAAGUGGACACCAGGAAAGCAUUUGAGCCCAUCCAGGUGAUGCCCAAAAUCAAGGAUGCUGCACCUCCUCCCCCGAAGAAGAGCAGACCCCCACUCAUCAUGAAAAAAUCCAGUCCCAAGAAGAGGGUGCCUUCGGCAGAGGCCCCAGUGACAACAGAGGAGAUCAUGCAGAUGAAAGACCCUCUAGACUUCCUGGCUAAAUACUGCAUCAUCAGCAAAGACAGGCUUCCGUUCUAUGAGAGGAUCUACAGAAACGUUGUAUCUAGUCAGCCCGAGCGGUACGAGCGCCAGCACCCCCUCUCCCCCACCACUGGCAUGCCAGUCACGGAGGGCACCAGCUGGGGGAAACAUGAACUGGGCAUGUUCCAUGACCUCAUUCUGAUCAGCAGAGGUCAGGAGCCAAAACGACCGGGUUUGAGCGGUCCUGAGCAGUACCUAGAGAAGAUUUGCUACACUCUGGAGAUGUUGGACAGUAAGCACCAACAGCUGUCUGGGGACCUCCAUCUUCUGGAAACAAAAAGAAUCAAACUGUUGGCAGAGAGGGCCAAGGAUCUUGUACCAGACAUUACAUCUGUUAAUUUCAAGAAAAAAGAAAAGAAAAGCAAAAAGAAAAAGAAAAAGAAGAACAAAGUAGAACAGGAAGAACCCCCUGCGAAGGUCAUCACCUCUCGUGCUGACAUCACUGAUGAUGUCAUAGUCAGCAGAAUCGAUGAAAAACUACUCAAGAAGAUGAUGAAGGAACCUGCCCAGCACCAGUUGAACUGUGAGAUAGAGAGGUGUACAGAGAAGCUAGCCAACAUAGAAGAUAGGCUGAUACAGCUAGAGGGUGAGAAGAACAUCAUAGGGAUGUAUUGUAUGGAGCUGUUCUUUGAUGGCCAGAAUGACAACAAUAAACCCCCGGAGUUCAGAAGACAACAGAGCUUCCUGUAUAAAACACUGCAUCCAGACCCUGAUGUAGAAAUGAAUCGAGAAGAACUAGAGGGAGCGCUGCAGAUAGUCAAUCACAAUCUCCUUACAGAGAACGAGUUCAGCUAUAUGUACCAUAUAUUAAAUCUGACAGGAAGAAGGAAGGUGAACUUCAAACUGUUCUGUGUCAUCGCCGCGUUAUCCGAGAGGAUCACCCACAUGGAUCCAGUAAUACGGGAAUUACUAAAUAAAGAAAAAGGCUGGAAAAGAGACACGAAUGACUACGAUACACUGGAUGUUAGAAUGAAUAGAUCAAAGGAACUGUUCCAGCUACUGGACGAGGGAGACUCUGUGCCUUUUGGAAAUGCCUUGGCAUCAAGUUUGGCAGUAGAGCUCACGGCUGGGGGGCUGUCUCCAGAACUGACCAACUAUGUAAUGAGCAAGUUCAACAGAGAAGGAAAGGGCUAUGUGGACUUUUUGGACUAUGUGACGUAUGUUCCAUUGUUCAUAGAAAUCCAUGAAAAAAUUAUCAAAGAUCCGCUGUGCUCAAAAGUGAGAAUCAAAUAGCGAAAGAUCCAAGGGGAGAUAAUCAAAGAUGGAUGGAUAGAAGGGAAAAGUUUAAAAGUGUGCUGGAAAGUUGGGGCAGAUCAAGUAGUGGUGCAUAAAAACUAAAAAACAAAGAAACAAUCAUUAUACAGCAAUAAUUAUCAGUCAGUAUUUAAAAAGUAAUCUAAUGGAAAGCUUGAAAGUUUUUUUGUAAAAAAGGUAAUAGUAUUAUUAUAUGGUUAAGAUUUUAAUUCAAACUUAUUUGUACAAAAAUUCUUAAAUUGAGCAUUAACUUGAUUGAACUCAACAUCUAGAUAAAAAAUAAAGGUGAAAUUAAAUACAGAUCAAUUAAACUCUCAACACAGGUUUCUCAAAUCCUAUGAUAUCUUUGAUGUAAUUGCCUUCAAUUAAUAUUGAUAGAAUGAUUAAAUUUUUCAUAAGAGUUACAUCAGUCUCUAGGAAUUUAUGUUUUGGGGUGUUGUUUUUUUUUUUUUACCUUAAAACUGUCCAGUUUCCCCCAUUAUUUCAGUUAGAAUUAUGUUUUAUAUAAUAUUAUAUGUAAUCAAAGGUUAAAUGUCUAGGAAAUUGAAAAGACAUUUGUUAAAAAAAAAUGCUCAAUUUUAUUUCCUUUUUUUCCAAAAAGUUUUAAAAGAAAAUUUCAAAUGUUUGUCUAAAACAGUUCCAUGAGUGUUGACCUGAACUGGCAAUUUAUUUAUAGGCAAUAAUAUGUAGAGUAAGUGUGGGUCACUUGUAGUUAUAACAUGUAUGUUUUGAACAUGCACUCUAUUAAAGUGUGACUGUGGUACAUUUACUAGGAUGGGCAAUAGCAGCCGUGAAUAAGUACUCUAGUAUUUUGGUACUGUUUUAGAUUUAUACUGAAUUUGAAGAUUUUUAAGAGGUUGAUCAUGUGAAAUAAGGACUUCCUGCCAUAUUCUAUAUACGUGGUACAUAUGUAGAUAUAUUUAUGAUUUCUGUGAUUUUCUGACUGCUGUAAUCAUUGCUCAAUAUUGUUCUUACCGUACUGUACAUGGUAUAAAGUGCUAUUUUUUGGCAGUCGUUGGAGAAUUGCUGAUCGAAUGGGAAAAUAGUUAUCCUGAUUAUGUGUAAGAGAACUACACAAUUGUAUUUAUGUGCACAUGUGUAUUGCAUUCAGAUGUUUGUAUCUUUUAUAUAUGCAUGUGAAUAUACAUGUACAUGUAGGUACUUGAAUGAUUCAUGUGAAUUUUUAAAAAUAAUAAUCCCAGUUGCAAUAUGUAAAACUCAUUUUGAUCAAUGACAUCAGUAUUAUCUUAAUAAGGCACCUUACUUUUGUUUGUAAGUGAUGGAAAAUUUCUGCCUUCUGGAAAAUAUAUUCAUAUUAAAUACUUUAAGCUGAUAUCUAUUUGCUCUGUGUAAGCUGCAAAACCUCAGAGGUAGACCAGAUGUAUUAAAGAUUUGUUAUAAGUAUACAUAUAUACACAUGAUAUUUGUAAUCUGUUGUUAAUUUGUUUACUGUUGAUUUAUGAAUCAGUAUUAAUAUCUACUGUCAAUCUGUGAUGUUAUUUUAAAUUAUAACUGUGAUGCUAGAAACAUUCCAUCCAAUGUGAAGAAAAUUCAUAUUUUUAUUCUAAUUGAUUGGCAUGUUUAGAUUUAUAUUAUCUUUUAUGGUGGCAAUAUACAAUAUACUUGUAUUUGGAUUUGUUUUUUAACAGUUGUGAAAAAAAUAAUCAUUUUACUCUGCUCAAUUUUAAGAGGAAUUACAGCAAUAAUUUUUUAUAAGGCAUUGACUUUUCUUGAAAUUGUAGAAAAUGUUUCAAAAAUAUUUUAUAAAUCUUUGAAUGUAGGCACUGUUUAAGCAAUUUGUAAUCAAUCAAUUGAUUAUUAAUAAAAAAUUAUAGCAACUGUUAAAUUUAAUUAUAUUAAAGAUAUAGAAAUUAUA